AUGGAGGCUUGGGAUCGGCAGUGGGAGUUUGUGGAUAAUACUGGAGGACAGGUGUACUAUAUAUACAAUAACCUACUGUAAGCUACUAAACACAUUCACUAUUUAUCACUUUUAGAGAACGGGACGGUUUUAUGGCUUGUCCCUCACCGCCUGUCUGCAACAUUUCUGUUUUGAGCCCGGCGCGGACCAGGAUAGCCUGAACUUCAAUUUGUUCUAUUCAUUGUGUGCGAUUUCCACUCUGAAAUUUCUAAUAGUCCAUAAACGAUCGUGGAAUGAACAGAGGGCAAGGAGAAAAAAGGAAGAGGGGCAGAGGUGCGAUUGCCGUCGCGCCCUCCUCUACCAUUUCCCUCACGCAUUCCCCACUCCGUUGCUUUUCAACGUACUCAUGAGGUGCCUGCUCUUUCUUCAUCUCUUCUCUGUUGAUUACUCCAAAUUAGGCCCCCGUGGGAUUAGCCGCCUCACACACAGACACCUGAAAAUGUGUUCAUGUUGUUUCGUUGAUAUCUGAAUUAUCCACCUCUUCCUUCCGCAAAAUUUUCUUUCUCAUUAGUAGAGAUAUUCGCAGUCCGGUCAAAUGCUACCUUCUUCAAUACUUGCACAUUCUUCAAUGUAUGUUUUCUCUCUGGUCGACCGUAGUCACUAGGCCACGCCCCUCCCUCCGCUUCAAAAAGAGAAACACGCUUACAAAUACUGAUAAUUUGUCGAAAUCGGAUAGAAAAUCAUCGAAAUUAUCACAAAACGCGUUUUUUCAGUUAAACCGGAGGGGAGUGGCUUGGCAGUUACUGUCGACAACCGUCUGCUAAUACCACGCGACAGCACGCAAGAUUUCUUCUGCUUUGCGCGUGUCACCUCACGUCCGUUAUCCAAUCUUUGCACUUUUAAACUCGGAUCACGCAUAUCAGGUGUCCACUCAUUACCAACUAUGACGUCAUCCGAUGUAGCAAAUUGGACUUUUCUUUCCACUAGUAACUAACGAGUCAGUGGUCAACAGCAAGUACUACUGAUUGCUUUUCGUAUUUAGCAGUUUUGCCCGUACCCGCAAAUCAUCGGAUUUCAAAAUCGGGCGAGAUGAUUCAGCGGGGGACGCCCGUCAACACAGGGGAAGGGGCGGAUGGCCGUCUUGCAGUCCAACAUGUCUUCCUCACCCGUUCGUUUCUUUUUUGCCCUGUUCUCGAGGUGUUCGCGCUUUCAUCACCUUUAUUUUAAUCAGACUUGCAAAAUUACGGGCCGGGCCGAAAAUUUACUUGUCCCGGUCCGGUCGGCCCGGCUCAAAAGGCGCGAAUUCAAAUUUUUGGGGGAAAUCUAUUUUUUCGAUUUUUUUUUGCGGGGAUCAAAAAAUUCAAAAUUUGGAUUCCCGCUUUUUGAACCGGGCCGACAGUGCCGGGCCGGGCCGGAGUUUUGAAAAUUUUGGCCCGGCCCGGCCCGUGGCAACUCUGAUUUUAAUCAUACAAAUAUCAAAUCUGUACUAAUGAGCGCAGCCUUUAAUACAUAGAACUUCUCAGACCGAACACUAGAAAAGUACCUCAAAAGCGUUAAAAACCUUUGCGGAAUCAUCUUCUAACGUCUCAUCUUCUUUAAUAUUAGUUGUUACCAAAAUGUCAUUUUAACUCGACUAUAUCUUCAGAGAUCGCCUCGUUGUUCAGCUUCAACUGCUGUUCAAAGCUGCGGACACCUGCGCAAAGCUCAAGUGAGUCCUUUUGAAGAAUAUUGUAGUCGGAAUGAUUUUCUUCCACGUCACAAAAUAUUAGUCAUGCGAUAUUUUCUUUUGUUGUAUAGAUACGCCUCAAGUGUAUCCAUCCUCGCUUCUUAUUGUAGUCUACAUCUAGAAUCCACAUACGAGGGAAUCUGAAAUUCUUGACAGAAAGACGAAUGUAGCGGAGGGAGAUUGGAGCAGAUGGAGCAAGUUUUUGAAGUCAGACAUUCCCACUACUUUUUGAAGUUCUUAUCAGCGUUGAGCGGUUUUUCUAUUGCUUCUAUCAAGUUUCACGUAGAAAUGUGCAAGCCUCUUACUAUCAACCCAAUUUCUCAUUUUCAGAUCGCUCUACAAAAAUGACCGAAGUCCUGUGGAGCCGCAUCAAAACUGUAAUCUGCAAUUUUUUUUUCGAAAUCAUCAAACACUUCCUUCAGUACUGCCUGAAAGUCAUCAAGGGCAUGGGCAAAGUCGAGGAGGACGAAGUGGUCGACGUCUGGCUGAGCUACAUCGAGAAAGACGCUGUGGAGAUGGUGAGUGGGGUUGGGAGGUAAAUACUGCGAUUUCAAUAGUACUCAGGUAAUUUUCGUCAAGUUGCCGCAACAAUCGGCAUCCGUGCCGUUUUUUGCGGCAAAUUGCUGUAACGACGCCGAUUCCGUGCUUGCUACACGCCAGUGUUGAGCGGAAUUCCGUCUUCCGUCUUCCGGAUUUCAAAAUUCCAUUUCCGCUCAACUCUGCUACGCGUUGAGCCCUUGCUACUUACCUGAGUAGUAUAAAUUUGAAGCGCGAUUGCCGCCGCAUGUUUCUGAAUAAGCCACCAAACAAGCAAUAGUUUAUUCCAGACGCUGGAGGAAGCUGCUGAGACUAGCACCUUCUCCAACUGGGAGCAGGGACUUGGAAUUGGAAAGGAAGAGACAGGUGAUGUCAAAGCAGUCAUCGUUCGUUCGGGUGUCGGCAAGGGAAAGUGUGAUGCCUAA